AUGGACGAACCCACAUUGUUCUUCCCAGAUACAGACCUCGAUCUCAGUUUCACAAGCACCACCACCGACCGAACCAGCGCCCGAACCAGCUUAGCUCGAACCAGCAGCCUAACCCUAAGCUUCAACGACCGCCUCUCCACCGCUUCAGCCUCCGCCGCCGCAACUGCUGACUCCAUCCGCCGCCGUCCUCACCGAAGCUCCGACCCUCACUGGUCCGCCAUCCAGGCCGCCACCACGCUCUCCUCCGACGGCCGCCUCCAUCUUCGCCACCUGAAGCUCCUCCGCCACAUCGGCUCCGGCAACCUUGGCCGCGUCUUCCUCUGCCGCCUCCGCGACUACGACGGCGCAAACUUCGCCCUCAAGGUCGUCGACAAGGACCUUCUAACCGCCAAGAAACUCUCCCACGCGGAAACCGAGGCGCAGAUCCUCCACGCCCUCGACCACCCCUUCCUCCCCACGCUCUACGCGCGCAUCGACGUCUCUCACUACACGUGCCUCCUCAUCGACUACUGCCCCGGCGGCGACCUCCACUCCCUCCUCCGGAAACAGCCCGGCAACCGCCUCCCCCUCUCGGCUGCGCGUUUCUUCGCCGCCGAAGUACUCGUGGCGCUGGAGUACCUCCACGCUCUCGGCGUCGUGUACCGCGACUUGAAACCCGAGAACGUUCUGUUACGCGAGGACGGCCACGUCAUGCUCUCCGAUUUCGAUUUAUGCUUCACAGCUGAGGUGGCACCGAGUUGUAACUUCAGGGCCCACACGCCUCACGUGAGACCCAAAAACGGUUGUUUCAGUUAUAACAAAUCGCGAUCGAGGUUUGUUGCAGAGUUUGUUGCGGAACCAACGACGGCGUUUUCACGAUCGUGCGUAGGGACGCACGAGUACUUGGCGCCGGAGCUUGUUUCUGGUAACGGUCACGGUAACGGCGUUGAUUGGUGGGCUUUCGGGGUGUUUAUUUACGAGUUGUUGUACGGGACGACGCCGUUCAAGGGGUGUAGCAAGGAGAGCACCCUGCGCAAUAUAGCGUCGAGCAAGGAUGUGAGGUUCCACGUGGCAGAGAGAGAUGAGGCAGGGAUGGAAGAGGCUAUGGAUUUGAUUGAGAAGUUGUUGGUGAAGGACCCUCGGAGGAGGCUAGGGUGCGCCAGGGGUGCCACUGAUGUUAAACGCCACCCCUUUUUCGAUGGGAUCAAGUGGCCAUUGAUAAGAACCUAUAGGCCACCCGAGGUGAAGGGUUUGUUGAGGAGGAACAGGUCGCACGUGAGUCACGUGACUCACAAGAGAAGGAGGUCCUGGUGGAAGACACUUGCCCACGCUGUCAGGACCAAAGGACCCAAAUAUCAUUUAUUUUCCAACUACAGUAAUAAUAAUUAUUAUUAUCACUAUGUUCAUAAUAAUAAUACCAUAUAUCGUUAG